AGCCACUCAGCAUCCCCCGACUCGGCCGCCGCACCAGGCACGCGACGCGACGGCCGCGCGCCCGUCGUCCCAACGCGCACUCCGCCCGACGCCCUGUACGCGCAGCUCCCCUCCGUGCGGCCGAGGACAGAGACGCCGGCGUGGUGCCCCGAGGAUAGCGACGCCGGUGAGCCGCGGAUCCACCUCCAGCCCUUCCCCUACGGCCCCAUCGAGCUGCUCGCGGAUCUAGGGAGAUCGAGGACAAUGGCCAUCUUCUCAUCCGCCCACCUUGCCCUCCGCCGGUCGCUAGCGGUGGCGCCACGAGCUGCAUCUCUUGGGGAGAGUCUUCAGCAGGCCUCAGAUGGAUAUUUCACACGAAGGCUGCUCCACGGCCAACUCCUCCCGCGCUGCUUCACCUCGGAUGCAUUUGGACCCAACAAGAGUUCCCCGCCUUUUGGGUCUGAAAUUGCUGCAGAAUUGAAGCCACAUCAGAAUUUCAACAGAUUCAAUUCUAUGCGUCAAGAUUUACAUUCUAGGACACAGGUCAACUUCAAUAAUGCAGAUAAUGGUGGAACAACGUUAAAGACAGCUGGUGGAGAGAAACCUACCCUUGGGGGGCGCUUUCCAUUUCCUACUUCGCGUAUGUUAAAUGAACGUGAACAAUAUUCACAGAAGAAGAGAGAUUUUAUCCAUGUCUUACUGAAGAAAAAUAAGACCUUUGUGACGGUGACAGAUGCUAGUGGUAAUAAAAAGACUGGAGCCUCUGCUGGUUGUUUGGAGGACAGAAAGGGUCGAUCUCGUCUCUCUCGAUAUGCUGCUGAAGCCACUGCUGAACAUGUCGGGCGGUCUGCCAGGAAGAUGGGUUUAAGGUCUGUUGUCAUGAAAGUGAAAGGGGCUUCUUUUUUCAAGAAGAAGAAGAAAGUGAUCUUGGGCUUUAGGGAAGGUUUUCGAGGGGAAAGAGUUAGAGAUCAAUCUCCUAUCAUGUACAUCCACGAUGUCACCCAACUUCCGCAUAAUGGAUGCCGACUCCCGAAACAACGCCGGGUUUAGUUCUCUGGGAACUGAAGUCAAAUUUGAGUAGGAAUAAGUCGAAUUUUUUAAGGUGAUCUGGAAGGUUUUUGUAAGCUGCCUGGUGUUAGUCUAUUUGACUUAAUACGGACAUGUAUUACGUCUCUUGGCUCUCUACGACUUGUUGGGCUAUACAACCUGGUUUCUGUCUGACUUAUGCUAUUCAGUGAGUUAUGGACAAUUCUUUUUUAUGGGUCGAAUGCUGAUACAGAACAGCAAUCUGAACUGUUGUAUGAUAGAAGUCCUGAUUUGACAGUCGCGAAAA